UUCUAUGUUUUUAUUUGGCUUUUAAUUGCCAUCUCCAUGAUAAUAAAUGUUAUUCCUGUUACCUCAAAACCCAAUUCUAUCACUCUGAUCAAAAAUGCCCCUAAACAUUCUAUGGAUGAAAUUAUUCAAUUCAAUAGAGAUUAUCUUAUGUUUAGAUACAAAUAUUUAACACGUAGCUCUGAUCAAUAUGCUCUUAAUAAACUCGCAUCUGCUGAAAAAAGAUCUAAAAGCAUUAAUUUAUCAUCAGAAUACUAUGGACAGGUCGUUAUAGGUGGUCAAAAAUUUAUCGUUUGGUUCGACUUUUCAACUUCUGAUCUUUUUGUUCCUUCACCGCCUUGUGAGUGUGGCCACAAUCAAUUUAACUCAAGUUUAUCGAAAACAUUUAGAAACAUCGGUAAUAAAUUCAUAAUUCAUUUCGGUGCUACAACAGUCAAUGGUACUCUUGGAGAAGAUAUUCUUUUAGCAGGCGGGAUAAAAUCUGAUCAAAUAUUCGGUCUUACACUUUCUGAAAAUGGAUUUUUUACUAUUGAACCAUUUGAUGGUGUAUUGGGUUUGGGUUUUGAUAGUGUUAGUAAUUUCAAUACUACAUCACCUUUUUCAAAAAUGGUUAAACAAAAGGCCGUAAAAAAUCCUUAUUUUGGUUUUCAUAUAAGUCGUAAUGGUGACGGGGCAACAUUAACUCUUGGCGACAUUGACACAACUAAAUUCACCGGAAAACUUAGUUACAACAAAGUAUCUACCAUUAAUGGUACAUACGUGCAUUGGAUGACUAAUAUGGACGACAUUUCUAUUAAUGGUAAAAAACUUAAAUACAAGAUAAAAUCUGCAAUAUUUGAUCCUUCCUCAGAUUACGUAUAUACGUCAUCUGGUAAUGCUGAGGCCUUUCAUAAUUUAAUUAACGGAGCAAACCAGUUUUGUAAUGAUGUUACAUGUAUAUAUACUGUGCCCUGUAACUCAACUGAUAGAGUAGAAUAUAUUUUUAAUGGAAUCAAUUAUCAUUCAAACCUGAUCGCCGGGAAGAGGGAUGAUUUAGGUAUUUGUUUUUCUGCAGUUCAAAGUGCAGAUUUUGGAGGAGAUUCUGAUCAUAUUAUGCUUAUUGGAGUUCCAUUACUCAAAGAUGUUUACUCAGUCUAUAACAUAAAAGAUUUUACGAUUGGACUUGCUCCCACAUCUAAAAUAGUAUAA